AUGAGAUAUAUUAUAGAGCAUAUGGAACAAGGUUUUAGUGAAUGGGUUACAUUAGAAUAUGCUCAAAUUAUCAGGGAUGUGGGUGCCACUAAUUUGAUUAUUUCAUCUUUACCAGCAAGUACUACCGAAAAAGAUAUACCUGAUAAAUUACUAGAGAUGAACAUACAGUGGACCACAAAACAAUUGACUGAAAUUACCCAAGAUUUUCCUGCUUUAGAGCCCUUGAAAAAUGGACGUAUUUGUUUAUUGGACCCAAGAGCUGAAAAAGAUUUACAACCCAACGAGUCUGAUGAUUUUGAUUAUUUUGUAUUUGGUGGUAUUUUGGGUGACCAUCCACCAAGAGAUCGCACCAAAGAAUUGAAAGAACAAUACCCUGGUCUUUUAGUGGGCAGAAGAUUGGGCGACAAGCAAAUGACUACAGAUACAGCAGUUAGAACCACCCAGCUGAUCAUUGAGGGGAAGAAACCUUUUGACAAGAUUAAAUUCAUUGAUUAUCCAGAAUUUAGAUUUAAUAAACAUGAAGCCACGGAAAUGCCGUUUCGCUAUGUUUUAGACAAUUGUAAUGGCAAACCUAUAUUGCCACAAGGCAUGUUACAAUUAAUCAAAAAGGACUCGGAACAAACAUUGGAUGAUUUAUUUUAG